CAUCUUCCUCAUUCUUCUCUGCGCGUCGGAUCGGAGGGGAGUUCCGCCGGAGUUGUCGCCGGAGUUCUACAAGGAUCGGCCGGAGUUUAAUUUGUCAAUAGAGAUGACGCCACUUGCACCAUAGUGGGUCCGCCCCUGACUGCAUAGCCAACGCGCUGUCGCUGACCACCCCUAGGGACGCUUGCCGUCUGUCGCUGGUGUCCUCUAGCUUCCACGCCGCGGUCCAAUUCGACGCCGUCUGGGAGCGGUUUUUGCCCUCCGACUACCGCGACGUCGUAACCCGGGCCGCCAACGGACCCGAUUCGCUCAAUUUCGCCUCGAAGAAGGAUCUCUACUUCCACCUCUCCGAUCACCACAUCCUUCUUGACGGCGGCACCAUGAGCUUUUCACUGGAGAAAAAGAGUGGGAAUAAAUGUUACAUGUUAGCUGCAAGGUCACUCAAAAUUUCUUGGGGAGAGGACGAUACAUACUGGAAAUGGAUUUCACUUCCACAUUCAAGGUUUUCUGAAGUUGCGGUGCUUGGUCAUGUAUGGUGGCUUGAAAUUCGUGGGGAAAUAAGUCCAAAGAUGCUGUCACCGGGCACCAAUUACGGGGCUUACCUUGUGUUCUCACUAAAAUCAAACGCAUAUGGUUUUGACAACCUACCCAUAGACGCUUCAGUCGGGAUUAGCAGACAAGAGGCUAAAACAAGAACUGUUUAUCUGGGAUUCGAAAGAAGCCGGGUAGGUCCAAGUGCGGGGGUGGGGCGAAUACCUGGCAUGUUGAGGCACAACAGGAGCCCCCCAUCAGAGGAGGAAAAUGCAAAUACUGGACAUGUGAGGCAGAGGAGUGAUCACUGGAUGGAAGUUGAAUUGGGGGACAUUUUGGUCACUGGUGAAGAAGAAGAAGAAGAAGAAGAAUGUAUUAUUGAGAUGAGUUUUAUGGAGGUUAGGGGAGGUAAUCAGAAGAGUGGCUUAGUUGUGCAAGGGAUUGAGAUCAGGCCCAAAGAGGCUAUGCCAUAAUCACUCCUCUUAAUGUGGAGUAUAUGCUUCAUAGUGUUUAGAUUUAAAGACAUUUAUCUUAGUCUCAUUACAUGGACUGCAUAUUUACAGGAAGAAGAAGAGGAGGAAGAAGAAGAAGAAGAAGAAGAAAAUAGGAUGAAGUCCAUUCUAGUGGGUCUUAUUGGUGUUAGUGUCUCCAAGUUUGCUUGAGAAAUUAUUGGUGGCACAAUGAUGGGAGUACUCUCUUGGUCGAUGUAGUGGCGUAAAACUCAGUGGUUAGUGGAUGAUAAUGUAUUUCUUCUUUACAGUAGGCCACAUGUUUCAUUUAUUUAGUCCCUCCGUCCUCCAUAAAUCUUCUCAUUAACC